AUGGAGGUUGUCAAAUCUGCAGUUGUUGGCGAACUUGUGAGCCGGUUCAUCUCCUUCCUGAUGAACAAGUACCACUCCAACAGCCAUGCACAAUCAGAGAAGGUGGUGGAGAGGUUGCAGCGCCUCCUGAUGAGAGUCAGCACAGUCGUUGAGGAGGCAGAUGCGCGGUACAUAACCAACUCUGCGAUGCAGUUGCAGCUCAAGAUGCUCUCGGAGGCCAUGUAUCGAGGAUACAGUGCGCUGGACACCUUGCGGCACCGAACCAUCCAAGACAGUGCAGGCUUUGAUGAGGUUAGCAUCAACGACUCAUCUUGCAGCAACUUGUAUUUAGACAUUCCCCUCAAGCGUUCUCGAACAACUGAGAAGAAUGACAAGACCAUGCGCCUUGAGUCUCAUGAUUCCUUGGAAAGCUUAGAAGUCGUAGUUGCUAACAUGACAGAAUUUGUUAUGCUUCUGGGUGGAUGUGAACGCAUGUCUCGUAGACCAUAUGAUGUGUAUCUUUACACUGAAAAUUUCAUGUUCGGCCGACACGCUGAGAAGCAAAAACUGUUGAGCUUCUUGUUGCAGCACAACAAACCUCCUGGUGAUCAUGCACCAGCCGUUCUUCCAAUCAUAGGAGGUGCUGCAAUUGGAAAGAAGACAUUGGUUGCUCAUGUGUGCAGCGACGAAAGGGUUCGCUCGCGCUUCUCCUCUAUUUUGCACUUGAAUGGAGACAGCCUUUUGAAGGUACUUGACCAUGGCAGGACCAUGGAAGGGAUGAUCUUGGUAGUUAUUGAGUUUGCUUCUGAUGUGGGUGACGAUGAUUGGAAAAAGUUACACUCACUUCUCAUAACAAUGGGCAGAGGAAUCAAGAUCAUCAUUGUAAGUAAACUUAAACGAUUAGCCCGGUUUGGAUCGGUGAAACCGAUUUUCCUAAGUAUUCUCUCUUACGAUGAGUUGAGGUAUCUUUUCAAGACACUUGCAUUUGGAAGCGUAGACCCGGCGGAACACCCGCGACUAGUACAAAUAGCAGAUCAAUUUGCCAAGGUAUUGCACAGUGCGCAAGCUUCACUUGUCACAAUAAAUAAGGUCGCAGAUGUAUUGAGUAGGAACCUCGAUGCUCAGUUUUGGCGUUGCAUAUUGGACAAGGGGAUAAAAAUGGCUAAAAGAAACCUCUCCAUACAUGGUGUGCACCCGAGAAUUCUUAUAGAACAAGGUCAUCCAGUGGACAUUAGUCACAUGACAGACCUUGCUUCACAUCCACUUAGCAUGAUACCUUAUACAAUUAAUGCUUCAAUCGAGAAACAACCAAGUGUGACAUUUGGGGAACUUCUAACAGAUCCUAGUGUUAGACCAAAAGGAGACUUCAUUCUAAUUUCAUGGGAAUCAAGGAUACCCCCUCAUAAAUCAUUUGUUCAUUUCGUUACAAGUCGUGCGCAGGAUACACAUGAAGCUAGUGCCGUGCCAGGGAGGAAGCGACGAGGAGUGCCAGUCUAA